AUGCAGAACCACGUGCAGUUCCGUGUGGUCAGACUUCUGUUGCAGGCAUCUGUGCUGCUGUUCGUCAUCUGGCACCAUUGUCGGGCCAUGGACCUUCAGACAAGGCCAUGCCGAGAAGGCAGCGACGACAUCACGCGAUGUCCCAAAAGUUUUUUCACUCUGAGGAGGGACAACUGUGUGGAGCGACACUUUUGCUAUCUGCAGGUGAAUGAGACCUGUUUCGGCCAGGAGGAGAGUAGGUGUGCGCCUGGACUUACCUGUUCAUGCAACAGGUGCAUGAACUGCAACAUCCACUAUUGUGCCCUGGAACUCUGCACCCUACAUGAGUAUAAGAAACGCCUACCAAACCGCCUGCUGCCGUGGUUCAGACCUCGAUGGUUGGAGCUGGCCGCCGACAAGUAACGUGACCCCAAAUGUGCAAACAACCGCCAGUUGAACAAUGGACCAAUCCCUUCAGUCUCCUCAUAUGUUUAUCAAAGUGUAUCUAACAAUUUGCAGCUAUAAGCAUUUAACAAAUUAAUCGCGAAUAAAUGACAUGACCAUCGUAUUAAAAGCA